AUGCCGCUAGCCCAUUCAGAACAUCCAAUGGCACGCCGUGCUGGAGGCGCCGCCGUCCAAUUGCCAUUCUUCCUGCAGCAGAACCUUGCCCGUACCGGCUUGGACCUGCAGCGGCGCUACAGUCCGGCUCGUUUUAUCCCCCACCGCCGCGAUGCCGCCCGAGAUGCGGUGAAAGACCGCCCCGCUCCGUUCCAUGUGGGAAGUCAACCAACAAAUGCCUCCUCACGCGGCAACCGGCUGGGAUACCGCUUCUGCUUGCCAUUCGAUACUGACUGCCUCCUCUCAACGCUGCCUGUCGUGCUAUCGUGCCCAUCAUCCGAUGUCUACACUACUCCCGUCACCAUUCAACAUGUGUGGUGGCUCACCAGCCAGCCAACCAUCCGCGCUCUCUCCGCCUUACGGUUUCACCUUUCUCCCGUACAUCCCCGUCAGCUGGCCCUCCGACCCGUCAGACAUAUUCUCCAACGUUCGAAUGAAACGCUGACCCAUUCAGCACUCCUCUAG